GGCCGCUGUAGUAGAUGUCACAAGGACCCAUAUUCUUAGAUCCUUGUCCCGUCCAUCGCACUUCUUGGAUGGCAGUGAUGUCAGCCUUUAGUUGUAUUAGGCAUCAACCAGCUGGGCAGAGGCACCUACCCAAUUAAGGGUCCGGACAUUCCAGGUGUAUGCCCUCAAAUUGUGAUCCUUAAAACGUUUGCAGGGGUCGUCAUCAAAAGUGGGGUUUCUCAUCCGACGUUCUGUUCGGUUUUUCAUUGGGGAGGUUUUUUUAAGUGGUGGGUCCCAAGCUCUACGCACAACCGCAGCGGGCUUCGCCUUCUCACUCUAGCUCGCCUUCAAACGGAUGUCUGUUGGCUACCCUGGAGAUACUUGGCCUAAACCCGGAAGUCAUGAGCUGCUUGAGUCAUAUUCAAAAGAAUCGUUCCUGGCCAUUCCCAAGUGAAUGGAAAUCAGAAACUUUCCUCACUUGCGUGAACUUCUACAUAUGACCCCAAUGUGUAUACUGUCAAAUAUUUUCGUAGCAAUAUUUGGUCGAAAAGAAGUCAUGUUUUGGUGGUCCAAUAAAAAGGCUGAAGCCUGCCGCCAGAAAGAAGAUUUUCCAAUAUUUGUAGACUUACGAAACAUAGAACAAAUCUUUUUUAACGUACACCAUUCUAUCAGUGAAGUGAAGUGGUCUAGUGCAGAAAUAUAUGGAGGAACUCAAAGUGAAAAUAAAAGAAAUGUUAUCACGGUGUGGGCAGAAGUUUCAAAUUGGGUUGAGUUCCAAAUUUAAGUCCACCCGAGGCCAGAGGUGUGUUCUGACUAAGAACGGCACCCGAUAGUUACCAAUAUAUUCUAGAAAUUUGAAUAGAUACUACGUCAAAGCCUGAGAUUUUGGAAAUUGGUAAAUUUCGCUUCAAACAGAUAGACACUAGACACCGCUUACGCGGUUAUAGCCGAGUCCACAACAGCGCACCACGCAUCUCUCCUUUUGGCAGUUUGGCGCCAAUUGGUAAUACCAAGUGAAGACAGGUCCUGAUAUCUCGGCCUGGUAUCUCUAAAAUAUAAGUUAAGGAAGCAUAACAAAUAUAUAAAUUACUGAUUGUACUUUUCUUUCUAGCAAUACUAAUCGAAGUAUAGAGAAAAUAUAUAGAAAAGUAAGUCAGGUCAUUUACGAUGGACGAGGCUUUUCAAUUGAGAUCUGUUCCAAAUUUUAAUUCACGAACACACCACUGGCUAACGAUGGUUCCAGGGAGAUGCAUUUUUGUUUCUAUAUUGAGGAAAUCUUUUAUAACCCACAUUCGACAGGAUGAUUCGUACAUCUUCUCCUUCAAGUCAAAUUACACAAAAAGUCUUAAUGUUUUCCAAACUGAAAACAUGUCGAUCUGUACUCUACGAUAUUACGCAAAAAUGCUCUCCCCACUUCUUUAGAUUCAUAACAAAACGAGAUAUUCACAUCCCAUGGUUGAAUGAGAUAAAAAUCAGAGCUGGUAUAAGUUCUAUAAAAAACAACAAAAGAGAUCACCAGUCGUCCAGGUGAGUCUCAGAAAAAUACCAGCUUCAUCGACAAAAGCGAUUACUGAAGACAUGGGGACGGGAAGUUCAAGCAAAUGCGUAGAAAGCGGUCAUUUUUAGACAAAAAAGAAAUUCAUAGUUCUAUAUCGAUAAAAUGCAUUUUGGCUCCAAAAAAUAUUGCGUUCAAUUUAAAUUAUUUUAACUUUAUUGUGAACACCUCUAUUCAAGUAAACACAAAGUUGGUUUGAACUUUUGUUGGCAUUACGCUUAAUAAUUUGAAUUCCAAACAAAAUUUCAAAGUCACUCCAUAAAAUAAAGUCAAAUGGAAAUAAGGAAAAAGGCAAUUCAAUAACACAAACUUGAUAAAAAUUCAAAUUUCUUAGAAAUUCACGCAGCUAAACUUAGAGCGAGCAAAGCAACCAACACGCAAGUACACAAUUAAAACAAAAAGCGCUUGCAAUAACAACAAGACCAUGAGCGAGGUGAAACAAUUGUUGAACUCACUUUUGUGGGACAUUUACGGUAAGCAACGCAGAGAACAACAUUCUCGACGGUUCAGCAAGUAUAGCAGUAAAUUUAGUAAAGACGAUCCAGAUAUGUUCGACUUCAGUUCGUUGAAAUUUGCCAGCUGCGCUGAGGAUUUGGAGCACUUUAGUGUCCGUAAGCUCAUCGAUAUUUCCGCCAUUCUAAAAGUUGAGAUACGUUUGAUGGGUAGUUUCUUGGAACGUGUGUUAAUCUCACGUGAACGCAAUCGAAGGCAUCAAGACGCUCUGUGCGGAUUCGUGGACGCAUUGCUGUAUGUGCGAUAUCACAAUGUUCAUCCAAAAAUGCGAUUCAGUCUCUCACCACCACCAUCAUCCAAGUCCGCUUCCGUCAUAACAUCGCCCACCAAUAUGCAGGCCAAUUACGCACAAAGCAAUUACAAUGAACCACGUGCUUCCGGCGUUGGCGCCCGAAGUGACGAUGAUAUCUCGCUCGCCAAAGCGCCGGCAGUCGUCGCUGCAGCGCCAGCAAAGAACGAAGUAGACGAUGAGGCGGCAUCCGACUACAAUCAAUGGUUGCACGCUAUGAAGCUGGUGGCGCGGCUGCCAGGCGGCAUGCCACCGGAAUUUAGACGCAAGUUGUGGCUAUCGCUUGCAGAUAAAUAUUUGAAAUCGAAGAAUGUGGACUGGGCCAAAGAGGAGGAGAAAUGCUUUUGCGAGAAGUGGCGCGAAGAUGACGAAGAGCUGGGCAUACAAAUUGUCAAGGACUUGCACCGCACCGGCUCGAAUCUGUGCACCGGUCCAGCGGGUUCGAUCAAUCAGGCCAAACUGAAGCGCAUACUUUUGGGUUAUGCGCGUUACAAUCCAGAGGUCGGCUACUGCCAGGGUUUCAAUAUGCUUGGCGCGCUAAUACUACAAGUCAUGGAGAAAGAGGAGGCCGAAUCCAUGAAGGUGAUGAUCUAUCUUGUAGAAGGUAUUUUGCCGCCUGGCUACUUUCAUGGUUCCAUGGGUGGCUUGCAGGCCGACAUGGCGGUGUUUCGUGAGCUGAUGCAGACAAAGCUACCACGUCUGGCGAAACAUUUGCAAAAGCUGCAAGGUCCCAGUGAAAACGCCUACGAGCCGCCGCUCACGAAUGUCUUUACUAUGCAAUGGUUUCUAACGAUGUUCUGCACCUGUCUGCCCAUGAGCUGUGUGCUGCGUGUCUGGGAUCUUGUGCUCAUCGAAGGCAGUGACGUGCUGCUACGUACAGCGCUUGUGUUAUGGAGCCUGUUGGAAGAUCGCGUGCUGAGCACUCGCACCGCUGAUGACUUUUACGGCAAAAUGGGUUCGUUCUCGAGCGAAUUGCUUAAUGGACAUCUUAUUGAUUCGAAUGGCUUGAUUGAGAAAGUGGUGCAGCUCGGUCCAAUACCGGAUAUACAGAAAUUACGCGACAAGCACCUAUACAAUAUUACUCCGCUACACCACAAGCAAGGACUACAAUUCUACUACGAUGACGAAGAGCCCGGAUCGGAUGAGGAAUCGCGUCUGGCUGUCGCCACUGUGUGGGGUAUGCCCUGGGGUCGUCGCGGCUCGCAAGGUCACACUACUAACGCUACUAAGCAAGUAACUGAGAAUAAAGAGCGUUUAGCACUGGAUAUUUCACUGCUUAAGAAGCAAUACGAUCGUCUGCGUGAACGUCAACGUCAAGCACACAUUAUUUUAACCACCGCCUGUUCCACAGCGCGUCAGAGCGCUAUCGCCACAACUUCCACACAAUCCAACCAGUCUGUCACUAUGAAUCAACUACUAAUGGGUCGUCCUGCCAUCGUCACGAACAAAGGUAGACGUCCCCCACCGGGCGCUAUACCACCUGCCCGAAAGCCAUCUCUGCCCACAGUGCUGCACUCACGACCACCUGAGCGGCAACUGCGACGUGGUGAGACUUUACAUUGGCGUGAUGCUGAUAUAAGCAAGCGUCGUAGAGAUAGUCUUACUUGGAAGGAGAUUAAAGCGGAUCGUGCUACAUUGUUACGCGACGGUGUAGACACUAUACCAAAGUCACAGAAACUUCGUUCGCGUAUGGGUAAGAGCGACUCAUCGUCGUACAGCGAAGAGAGUGAGGAAGACGACGGAGAAGAUGGCUCAAGCACCGAUACAAGCCUUUGUGAUGAGGACGACCCGAAUUCUGGCGCUGAUAAAACACAUUCCUCUUCAAUUGAGAAUAGUCCCAAACGUAGAUUAAAAUCAUCACGUAAAGCCAAAGAACUCUCAAUGAAGUUAGAAGCACUGAAUGAACCUAGCGAUAGUGAGAAAGAACGUAAACGUCCGAAAUCUUGGGCACCGUCGUCAACUGAGAUUCCUUUCAUGCUUAUGACAUCCGAUUCGCCGACAUAUAGUGGCGAUGAACAAAAGUCAGCACGUUCGCAUCAUUUUGAGGAUUUGAUAAAGGAGGAGGAAGAUAGUUCGACGGAAUGCGAUCGUCUCGGCUAUAAAGGUGCAACGGCACCAGUGGACUGGUCUGCCACCAAGUUCUCAUCCAUCGCUGGUGAUCUGGCUACCACAAAGCUGGGUGCACUGCAUAUUCAGACAGAUGUCUUAGAGUUUCCUGUGAUAACAAGCACAAGUCAGCUUUCUCCAAUGCCAGAUAUAGCUGCCUAUCUUAAUAGUUCCAAUAUUAGUCCAUUGCCAACACCGAAACCACUAUUCCUCGACUCAACCAAUUCACUGGGUAGUGGCGACGAUGGUGAGGAGGGUAAACGAUUUGCUGUCAGUGAUGAUGGUGUCACCAAUCAGUAUUUCGAACGUGUCAAUAGUGUAGAGAGACCUACAAAAUUAGACUUAUUUUAUUCGCUCAACGAAGAGGAUGGCAUACGUAGAGACGUUGAUGAAGUUGCCGACCUAGUUGAAGAGGAGAAAAGUCAUAGAACUGCUGAAGCAAAUACAAGCGAUGUCUGUGAAAAUAAUGGUGUGGAAGAUAGUACCAAAGAAAUUGAAGCCACAGACGCAGACUCUAAUCGACGCAUGGAAUUGCUUAUGGACUACUCUGAAAAAUCAUCAGCGGCUUUCAUCGCUGAAGCUACCAGUGAGCUCUCCACAAGUUUAAGACAAGACAGAAGUAAAGAUUUGCAGGAGGCAGACGAUUUUGGUAAUACAAUUCAUUGCAAAAAUGAUAAUGAUGAAAUAUCUAGAGAAGCAAUUAGAGAUGACAAUAUACCUGGAGAAGCAGCUGCACAUUUCGAAGAAACCUCUACAAAAGUUGAAGAGCCCAAAGUAUAUGAAAAUAAGCUGAAAUCAGUGGGACCUAGGAAAGCAAAUACGUUGAGCAGCGCAUGUAGAAAACGACGUGAUCCUAGACGUAUGACGUUAACACGCUCAGCAACAAUCGAAAUUGAGGAGCGAUUUCAGGCACUGGAACGCAGAAUGAGUGAAGAUAGUUUUCAUACCGACAAAGGGAAGACAAAUGGUGAGACCAUAUUUGUUGAAGACAGUGCAAGAAAAAUACCAACAACUGCUGAGUUGGAGCAGAGAUUGAACACACUGGAGAAAGAAAUACACAUGGACGCGAAUGUGAGGAAAAGGUUUGCAGGCAGUAGCGAAUUUAGAGAUUUGUCUAAACACAAAUCCAUAGAACUAAUAAACAGACCAUUUACAGAAUCAAAACACGUAGAAGAUUCAAGCAAAAACUACAAUGAGAAUUCUAAAAUUGAAGAGUUAAAAGUUAAGCCACUCCAGACCGAAAUUAGUAAUAGUAUACCUGAUGUUGUACACCCCGAAGAAACACUCGAAAAUUCAUUGCCCAAACGAGCAAGCAAUCACAUACCUUCAACUAUAGAACUCGAGGAUCGCUACAAUGCUUUGGAGAGACAGUUAAGCUCAAAUGGUUUGCCAAGUAAAAACUCUAUGGAUUUGCGACGAGAUGAUAAAAUGGACAACGGUAAGGAUGUACCAACUCCACCCAAUACACCAACCGAAAGUAAUAAGCAGCAUUUAGAGAAAGGUGAGAGUAAAAUGAAACACAAAAGUGAAAUUGAAACUGAAACUGAACCGAAUUUGGAAGAGGAAACUAAUGAAGCCGAGAAGCCGCGCUUAAGGAAAUUGCCGUCUACUGCCGAAUUGGAAGACCGAUUCAAUGCGUUGGAACGAAAAAUGAGCAUACAAAAGUCAAGUCCCUGCAAAACAAAAAAGGAGCCACCCGACGAAGGGACUGUCAAAGAAAAAAGUACGAGGAAAGAGACAACAAAAGAAGAAGAUAGCGAAGUUAAAAGUGCAAUUAAAGAAACACCCAAAUCUAUCAGUGAUGAAGGUAGAAAAACAGAGGCAAUUGAAGAGAAAGUAGAGAAAGAUGAACACGUAGAAUUACAGACCGAGCGUAGUAACAAAAUUAUAGAAGAAGAAACAAAAACUAAGGCACUUAGUGAAGAAGAAGGGAAAAAGCUUGACAAGUCUCCAAGUCGGCAUUCAGUAGACGGAAUUCAAGGCGACAAUGUUCAAAAAGACACUAGAUCGGCUACUAGUAUAACUAAAAGAGAAAACGAUGCAGACCAGAAGCAGAUGAAAGAAAGUAAACAAUCUAAUGAUAUUAAUAAUGCAAACAAAUCAGAAAAUAAAUCAAAAGAACGCGAUUGCGGACAUAACGAAGAGCCUGUAGAAGAAAGUAAAAGUGAAGAAUCAAAAAAAUCGGGCAGAAAGUCGCCUCCAAGUACGGAAGAACUUGAGAAGCGCUUUAACGCUUUAGAAAAACAAAUGAGUAGCGCCAGCUUGACCGGUAACAAGGAAAAGAAAAGUACAACAGAAUCUGCAAAAACACACGAAAAGAGGAACAAAGAAAACCAACUUGCGCAAGACUCGGUAGAGACUGUCAAAGAAACGAAAAGCUCACCAACUGAGAAAAGUCGCAUAAAGCCUGAGACAAAAGAAAGCACCACAGAAGCAGAAAACGCGGUGGAAAAGUCUAAGAAAGAAUUGAAAUUGUCAGCAAAAACUGAAAAGGCAAAACCAAAGAACAAUGAAGAGAAAAACAUUUCAACACAGAACGAAGGAAAUCAAGCACAAAUUCAAUUAGAACAGACCAAACAAGUGCCACAAGCCGAACCGGUAAGGGAUACUGAAGCAGUCAAAAACUUUGAGGAAAAGUGUAAGCAAGUUAACAGAGAGUUAACUGAACAAGAUUUAGCUGAUCUCGAGCAGACACAGGACAAAGUAAAAAUACCAGAUCUUAAACUAAUUGAGGCAUUUAAUGAGAAAUGUAAGGAGGUCAAUGAGGAAUUGUCGAAAAACGCUGAAAAGAUAGAAAUCGAGUCAGAAGCGCCAGGGAAUAGCAAAGCUCUAAAUGUAAGCAGCAAACGGCGCGCCUCUGAACCGCCAACUACAGAAGACUUGGAGAAACGUUAUGAAUCUUUAAAAAGGCGAAUGAGCACCAAAUCCAUAGUUGAGAAAGAACCAGGAAUAAAGGUAAAAUCUGAGACAGUUUUGGAAGAAGAGUCACAUGAAUCACCAGAUGUAAGGGUUAUCACGAAAGAGGCGAAAAGGAAAACUUCGGAACCUCCGAGCACCGAAGACUUGGAGAGCCGUUACGAAGCAUUACAGCGACGAAAAAGUGAGCAAAAAGCACAACAAGUCGAAAAGGAGCAAGAAAAAAAGAAGACAGCAGAGAAAGCAGUACACGAAAACUCAACGAAAGGCACGGAUAAACAUAAACCGACGAAAGCACGUGAUGAUGAUGAACAAAAAGCAGCGAAAGGGGAAACGCGGAAGUCAAAGACGUCUCACAUACCCGUCGCUCCACCUAUGCCAUUAAAGGAUUCAACAGAAACACCAUUCAAGGACGAACAACACCGAGCGCUGAUAGAAGAGUUCCAGAGUAAAAUUAAGGUGCAACCUAAUGGUGAAAACCUAAAACCGAGUGACAUUAAUCCAAAUCGUCGAAUAAUACCAGAGCGACAACGAGCAUCACCGUUCGAUGGAACCUCGGAAACACAUGCAAACACCGCUUUCUUUAGAUCGGAGAAUUACGAACCCUGGUACCAUCAAUCAUACAAAAUGGUUCGUCGUUUCUCCGAUUUACCAUCAAGAGCUGAUCUUGAGAAUCGCUUACAAUUUUUGGAAAGACAAUUGAUCAUGAAAUUCUACAAGCAGCGCUGUGCAAGUGAUUCCGAAGUGGCAUCGAGGAAACAUUUCGCCGAUUUGAAAACUCAGUCCGCAGACGACGAAGUACCCACCACAUCCACACGUGCUCAACAGCAAACAGCUGAUGAUUUGGAGAGGCGUGUGUUAGCGCUAGAAAAACAAUAUAGUGAAAAUAGUCUCAAAUUGUUAGAAGCUGUGCGGAUCAAGGAACAACAAGCAGCUGCUGAGACAGACUCACCGCGGCGACUCAGUUCGGAGACUGUUGAUGCGACCGGUAAGGAGCUCGUACGUUAUGUCGGCGAACUCGAAGAAACUGGCGACAUCAAACCGAUAAAUAUAAGCAUAAAUAUCAAAAUGAUGCUCAAGCGAAAUGAGGACAUUGAGACGAGCACUAAGCCUAAAGAUAAUCUCCCAACAGCAGCAGAAUUAGAGAAACGCCUUGAAGUGCUAGAACAGCAACUAAAGUUGUCCAGAUCACGACGUGAGGGUAGCAUCGAUCAAUCUAAUACUGAUGCGACGCAGGAAUUGAAGAGAUCAGUAGAGGUCUCUGGUGAAGCUAUAGUCAAAGAAAAUGAAAACGUUGAAGUUGUCAGUGAAACGCCCGAAAUUAAGAAGGUUGUAAAAGAAGUAUUAAAUAAGGAAUGUAAAAGUGACAACAGAGUUGCCGAAAGUGUAAGCAACAAACAAGAAGACAAAGAAAAUGGACAGAUAAAAGAUAAUGCUUCAGAAUCUUUAAGUAAUAGGAAAGAUGACAGAGAAAAGGGUCAGAUAAAAGCUGAUGCUUCAAAAGCUGAGAAGACAUUAGAAAAUCAACAAAUAGCGCGUUCAAAUAAAGAAUCUAUUGAAAAUAAGGACACACCUAACGAUAUUGAUAAAAGUAAUAUGAACUCCAUACCUCAGCAAGUUGAUGAACAAUUCGAUAAUAAAACGCAGAACUUGACAAAAGAAGAAAAACCAAGUGAAGAAAGCGUUCAUUCCAACAGUAUUUCAAUGGAACUAGAUGCAGUUGCAAAGAAGACACAAGCCCAACGCAUGAAGGAAACGGAAAAGGUUGAAGACCUUGCAGAGGUACAAAAAGAGCCCUACCAAGAAAAGCAUGAUGAAAAUAAAAUUUCAAACCAAGGAAAUGCAAAUAGGGAAGACACUGAGUGUAUGGGCGCUCCAACACAAACUGCCAUCCAAGUUGGAACUUCCGAUCCCAACAAAAAAACGCUCGUAUUGUUGCUUGAUAACGAACCAAAAGCUGUUAAGGUACGACGACUGACACGGGCCAACACCGAGGAGCUAGAGAACCUAUUUCAAGCGCUCGAAAAACAGUUAAGUGACCGCAAUCUUAUUAAAUCUGAAGAUGGCAAAUUGAUGCGAGCAGCCGAUAAACCGGAAGUGGCAACUUCAGAGGAAUCUAAAGCGAUAACUCAACUGUCUAAGGAAAUAGAAGAUUAUACCAAAUCGGAUAAAUCAGUAAAAGGGGAUGAAGCAACGCCAGAAAAAGUCGUUGUUGCGUCCAAAACACCUACAGCUGAGGACUAUGACUGGGGAACGGAUCCCGUUAAGCGACAUUUGAAACGUAAAACAGCACAUCUGCCAUCAACCAAAGAAUUAGAAGCACGUUUCAGAUCACUGGAACGACAAAUAAAACUACUCGAAGAUGUGGAAAAAAUCGACGUUGAACAGCGUUUAAUUGAAAUUGAGCGCAAAAUCAAAUUGCAAUAUUCGUUGUCGCACGAAAAGGAUUUGACGAAAUUCUUAGAGCUCUGUGAAGGCAAGAACCUGGACGAACUGCCCGAAGCUAUAUCGGCAGCACGUGAUAAGUAUCAGCCGGAUGAUGGAAGUGCUACUAGAACACCCACUCCCAAGAAGGAUAGAACACCAUACACCUCUCCUUCGCGUAAUAAAGAGAAGACUCCUUAUACAUCGCCGGCGCACACACCACGUGAGUCCCGUAGCCCCAAGAGACACACCUCCCCCGGACGUGUUAGGUAUGAGGAUGAAACGGUAACAAGCAAAAGUCCCAAACGUCGUGUUUCGCCGGGACAUGUUCGGUAUGAGGAUCCAAAUAUACCAUCGACGGAGGAUCUCGAAUAUCGUUUUCGUGCUUUGGAAUUGCCCAGAUCAAAAUCGAGAGAAUCGCUGAACAGCAAAUCAAAAAAAUAUGUCGAAGAUUCAAAGAAAUCACUAAUACAUCCUUUGGAAAUGUUGCUCGACCCCAGUCCAGAUGAAGACGCCAUACCAUCAACCGGCGAACUAGAACACCGUAUACGUAUACUGGAUGAUAAAAGAAAAGCGCUGUCGCCUUCUCGACGGACACGUUCACGUUCACCAACCAUUGAAGAUAUUAAAAAUAGAAAAUUAGCUGAAGCACAACAACCGAGAACACCGAUACAUAAUUUAGAAAAGCUUGUCGUAUCUCCGACUAAGAAGGAAUUGCCUACAGCUGAAGAGCUAGAAGCACGUAUGCGUGCGCUAGAAGAAGAGCAUUGCUUCGACUUUAAAAUGCAGAAGUCAUACCAAGAGUUCAAUCGAAAGUUAAAGGAUGCCGUGUCACCAUCACUUUCCUUUGAAGAAUUCAAAGCAUCAAAAUCACGCGAGGAAAGCCCAAGACGUGGCGAUGGAAAUCGCUCAAGCACACCAAAAUCCGCACUACGAGACACCGCCAGCAGUUAUGAGGAAGGACAAUACAGAUCAACUAGUCCCAAGGCUAUACGAUUCCGUGACGAAGAAGCUGAUUAUGUAGCUAGUAUACCGUACAGACCCAAAUCGCGCACGGAUAUACGUGAUGUCACUGGACGAAUGGUGGGCACCAUUAAUUCUGGCGCUUUAGAACUAAUUGAAGAAAAUUCUAAAUAUCUUCAACGUAUUCUUAAGCAGACUCUUACAGAUUCAUGCAGCAGCAUAAAUGCUAUCGGACAUACGACGGAAGGAAUUGACGAGUUUGGCAGUCGACUUAUGAGGGAGACUUCACCACUACAACGUACCGGCAGUCACACUGGCGUACCGCUGCGUACUAAUGACAACAUCAACGAGCGCUUGGAUUCCAUUAAGAAUACGAUCAAGUCCAUCGAUACGUUGUGUGAAGAGAAACCGUAUCGCAAAGAACGUUGUCAGCGAUACAUCGAUUCACUUUUUUCCGACUCGAUACACUUCGCCAGUAAGAAGACCUCGCUAGAAGAUCUCUCACGGUCGGAGAGUCGUGCCCAUGAAUAUGCGCCCGCCAUACGUGUCUCAGAUCACAGCCAAAGGCAUUCAGACUAUUUAUACGGGCGCACGAUGGGUUCGGCCGAUUCUAUACGUUCGACGAGUCCAUUGCGCGCAGCCAGUCCAUUGCAUCAUCGUUCAAAUCGAGAUUUGCGACGCGAAAUUUCACCACGGCGACGACGCGAAGAAGAGCGUGAAGAAUACCAGAGUAGGGUAAGACGUGAAAAUAUGUUGCCAAAUUAUUAUUUAUUUGAUAAUCAUAGAGAUGUAAGUAGUAGUAGUUUAAUUAAGUUUCAUAAAGUAGAUAGACAACUAGACACAUACAAAUAUGAUGAUAGAGACAGAUCAAGUUCACGAUCGGCCUCCAGAUCGCCGUUGAGAUCGCCGUAUGGAUCGAGGGAGACGAUGAUGACAGAAAGGAUGUUGCACGACAACACCACCAAAGUCAGCACACAACAACACAACACCUACACCAACAACAGCUGUCCCGACAACGACCGCAACAAAACAAAAACACUAAAAAAUAAAAAUUUCGAAUUGGAUUUUGACAGACCACAAGCCUACACAAUGCAUCACCACACUACGGACAAGCUACUGGGACUCGAUCCACUUAAACGCUCCAAUACACCCGUCUAUGCGCCCGGUCGACUUGAUAUACGUCACACCACAGUAACAUCGACCUUCUACGAUCGUUUGUUGGCCGAGAAAGAGAUUGAGCGAAAGUUUUCGCGGCCAUCUAGUCGUUCGCCCAUCGUGUCACCUUCGGUAACGUCGAAGAGUUAUGUGGAUUUGGCCAGCGCAAGCGCUAAGGCUCUAUAUCAAGACAAAUCUCCUACGUCGGCGGUAACAAUGCGUCUAGACAGGUCCGCAGGCUUGACCGGUUUGUCCAAUACAGAAAGACCACAACAUUAUCGAAAUUCGAUGUACGGCAGUUAUCCGAGUAGCGCCUAUAGCGCCAGCAAUCAGACACACCUUACGAACAGCAACACGACCACCCCGAAAUUUAGUACCAACACCGACACCCACACCACCAUCACCACCAACAAUUAUACUACAGCUACACACAAUUCGUCCACCACAAUAACCACAGCUGGGUUAGGGCAUAUAAGCAACAGCACAACAACGACUACAACAACAACGACUACAACAACAACAACAACAACAGCAAGAACAACAAAUACGACUGGGACACCGACGACGUCGACUGAGACGGUGGUGAGUAACCGUUUGCCUGUCUCGACUGCGACUAAUUAUCGAAUUGGUGGUUUGAGCGAUAAUACAACAACUAACUACAUCACUAACUUCACUUCAACACCAGCUACAACAACGACAACAACAACAAUUACCAACUUUUCCUUCUCCUCUAUGAACAUCACAAAUACGCCUAUAACAACAACAACAACAGCAACAGUAGCAAACUUGAACAUCAAUAAUAGUUUCACAGUUUUGGACAGAUCAACAACAACAACAACAACAACAAUAACAUUACCACCACCACCAACAACAACAACAACAUUAUUUAGUACCGACACCAAGACAAUGACCACGACAACAACAACAACAACAACAUCAUAUACUUACAAUUUGUAUAAUCUGACGACGAUGACAACAACAACAAUGACCGCAACAACAACAAAUACCACAGCUGUUGGCAGUGAAAACACCAUCAAAUUCAUCACAAAUAAUUCGUCUCCAUCAUUUCUGUCCUACAAUGCGACUAGUGGCGGCCAUCAUUACACAAGUACUAAUACACCCCUGGGUAUGGCUCUACCAACAAUGCAAUCAACUUCCGUUACAACAACAUUCGCCUCAUUGGGCCUUUACACUAGUAAUUUAAAUAGCUACAACAAUAAUAACAACAACAACAUUGGCAGCAACAACAGCCAUUUGAAUUAGUACAACAACAGCAACAUGAAAAUUUGAUUGAAAAGUGAAUAUAAACUGUGAAGACCCUUGGAGUUAACCGCGCUGCCUAAAAUGCAUAUAGUAAAAGCUAAAUAAAUGAAUGAAAAGAAACCCGAUAACAAAAAACAAGUGAGUGAGUGUAGUGUAGGAGAGCUAGCAAGUACUGAAUGCUGUGUGUGUCUGUAGUUGAAUUGAGUAAAAUAAAAAUGUUGUUAACAAGUUUUUAGCAUCAGAGCUAAGUAAGAUAGAAAUUAUAUUUACAUACACGGAAACAUUAAAGUAGUUAUACAUGCAUAUACUGUAGUGUAAAGGAACUUGUAAUCAAAUCGAGAAGAAACUGAAAGCGGGAAACCAUUAGAACCUUUAGUUUAUUGUACCAGUAAGAUAUGGCCGAUUUUGCCAGCAGGAAUAAUAAAGUCGAAAUUGGAUAACUCAAACGGAUGGAAAACAAAAGAGAGAAUUGUUAGUCUUUCGAAUUCAAUACGGUCUUCUUUCUAUAAUAACGUGUCUAAGGUUAGGUUAGGUUUGCGUACGAACAGAACUUACAUUUCUUCUUAAGAUGAAAUGCCUGAGAGUUUACGCUCAAAAACUUCCCCACAUAGCCUUUAUAAGAACGUGUAUGACAAAAAUCUCAUCUAAUGAAACACGAGCACUUUUUAGGAACCAAAGGCCUUUUCCACUAAUUAUCUAGCCAUUACGCAAACCUCGAGAAAUUUAAUCCAAAGGAUUCAAGUAAUAUUCCUAGAACUUCGUUAUGUUUCCAAUAGAUGGUAUCAUGAUCCAAGGUUUCCCUAAGAGCGAAUCACAUUUUUGUCACACAGUCAGGCUGAAAGUUUGUAUCGUUUUAAAGAAAAUCACUUCUUUUUAACAAAAUUAAAUUUUAUUAUUCCAUAUAAUAGUGGUCGAGGACGAUACACCCCAAUAGCGACCUUCCAACUUUUCGAUUUUGC